AUGUGGGUGUUUGUUUUGGGUCACGCUUUACACCGGUUGAGCCCGCCUCGCGCGUGUCUCCGCAGCGCAGUCCGUAGUCUCCGCCCGCUCGGCCCGCGCCCUGGAGCAAACCGAAGCCCAUCUCUGCGCCAUCUCAGUGCAGAAGGACGCGGCUGUUUGGCUCCGCUCACUUUGAUCCAUUUUACUGAACGACACAUUUUGCUCUUAAAGGUCGCGUCGAAGCCUUUGAAGUCCCACGUCACACCCUCCGCACAGACGCAGGCCGACGACUCCCUGCAAACCCAUGGCGUGAGUGCGGUGCCCCCCCGACCACCGGGGGGCGUCCUUUUACAUGUUUCUGCAGGCGCGGGGUUGAUGGGGCGGUGA